AUAUAUCGAUAUGAUGGAAUCAACCCUGGUGCGUGGUUAAGAAGAAGAGCGCUGUCAGAUUUCUUUUCCUUUCUUUCCGGUCCUCCGCCAAGUUCAAGACGCAAACAUGUUUAUGCCAAAGGCCCAUCGUGUAGCCAUCUACGAGUACCUCUUCAAAGAGGGUGUCAUCGUGGCCAAGAAGGACUUCCACGCCCAGAAGCAUCCCGAGCUGGAGUCCAUCCCCAACUUGCACGUCAUCAAGGCUCUGCAGUCGCUGCACUCUCGCGGCCUUGUCAAGGAGCAGUUCGCCUGGAGGCACUACUACUGGUACCUCACCAACGAGGGCAUUGAGGAGCUCCGCAGCUACCUGCAUCUGCCCCCCGAGAUUGUGCCCUCGACCCUGAAGCGCCCCGCUCGCUCCGAGACUGUGCGCCCUCGUCCAGCUGCCGGCGGACCCCGCGGCCCUGGCGAUGCCUCCAAGACCGGCGAAGACCGUUCGGCCUACAGACGCGCACCCGGCGGCAGCGGUGUUGACAAGAAGGGUGAUGUUGGACCCGGUGCCGGUGAGGUCGAGUUCCGCGGAGGAUUCGGACGCGGCUCCCGCAACUAAGCAGUUCCCGCGACUACCAAUGCUGCGCGAAUCAGUUUUUUUUAAAUGUAUAAAUUAAACACAAAAAAAAAAAAAUGAUGGUCUGAAGAAUAUUCCCCUCAAGAACAACAGAACCACUUCAGAUUCAGAAGAAGCGUGUGUAUGUUUUAUGACCGAAGAAUUAUAAAGCAAGCGCAAGUGAAA